GGCAGAUCAGCAUGGAGUACCUGCAAGGGGAUCGACGGCAGUAUGGCGGCAGCAGCGACGGCAGCGCUGAAGGAAACGAGUAUGAACGUGAACAAUAUUAUCCCCAUCGCUAUGCAGAAGCGCAUGCGCCUGCCUCGACCGACAUGCACAGCGCGAGAGACCCCAUCAUGUCAUGUACUUGGCCGAGUGAAGACCCGCUCGACGUCAUGUACAUUCCAAACACAGGUGACGUGUGGCUGCGUCAGCCUUCACAUUGCGUGCGGCCUGCGCAGUCGGAAGUGCCUUGCUCCAUCACAAUUGAGUUUGGAUAUGUGCCACAGCACGUCGUUAAAAUGGACAUGACAACAUCGGCGCAGUAUCUCGAAGUCUACGUCGGCCAUCGCACCCUCAAUGGGGACCUGCGCUUCGUCUUCGGCGAGACAGCUUUCGGUGUGCCCGACCAGCACGUGCCCGGACGCUUCCGCCUUGACUACGCAUGUCCCGACUCUCCCCCGUUUCAAUCGAUCGCCGCGAUCUCGUUCAAGUUUGCGGAAAUCGGCGACGACGCCGUGCUUGCUCUGGAUGCGUUCCGGUUGACAACCCAGUCCGUGUACCCCACGACGUCGAGCCAGUUGAGUCCACAAGUGCGAGUGACGCGGGCGCACUCAUGGCGGCCAUCCACUGACCAUCGCGAUUCGCAUGGCACAGCGUCCAUGACGCUGCGGUCCCAAAAGCGGAUUCCGCCGACAACCCGCCCGCACAACUCACCGCAUCAUCUUCCAGAUGCAGAGCUGAAUCUCUCGACGUACCCUCCGUCGGGUCAUUCGUCCCUUCCAAGCCGCCAUCCACAGCCACACCACCACUCACCCCGCUAUUCGAAUCGCCAUCAUCCAUCCCGAGGUUCCGUGACGCAUGCAUACCCUCCAUCACACCAUCGGCACCACCACCACCCGCCGCCUUUGUUCGUCGACCCCACGGCGCCGUCCAAGAGCUUCCGAGAAGAUGCCCAUUAUCGGCAAUCGUCCUUGUCUCCUGCAAACUCAUCGCACAUUCCGCUUCACCACUCCGCUUUAAACCGACAGAGCCCACGCCCCCGGCAUCCAUCCAGCCCACGACCGCCACCUCCCAACCACGCCGAGGGGCUGUCGGCCAUGAACACGAUUCUCGAGUUGCAGAAGAAGAUGCUCGAAGACCUCGAAACACGCAUCUGUGCCGCCGUGGACCUCCAACUGAAUCAAGUGCUUCAGCGACUAGAUGCUGCCGAAGCCAUCGUCGACGACCUCACGACCCGCGUCGACUCGAUCCACCAAGACAAAGACAUUGUGUUUGCCGGCAUCAUGCAUCGCUUAAACAAGCUGGACACGGGCAUCAUUCAGCUCCGGUCGGCGCAAGUUCAAACAACCAAGGCUGUGCAGUCGGCGAUUCAAAACGUCAAACAGUCGGUGGCAGCGCAGCGCAAUUCGCAGUCUGACGCCGACGACUCGUCCAGUCUCUCGACGUCGUCGCUGCAUUCCGUGCAGUGGCAGCAGCUCAACCCCUCGCCUCCGUAGUCUUGUUGUGCCCCACACAAACGAAUAACACUUUGGAAUCGGCUGGG